UAUGAAAAAAAGACCUCAGUGCUGCUGAAUUCAUCAUGGCUGGAGCUGAAUCUGUAGCAGCUCUGUUCGGAUUCUUACUCGUCUGCGUCUCCACGGCUCCAACCCUGAGGAAACAAGAUGUUGAUAUCUACAGCUUCCACAUCAACUCCACCGUCACCAGCCGCUACGCCAUCACAGUCAUCACCAGCCGAGUGGCAAACCGACUCAACGAAUCUAAAGAAAUCCAUUUUGAGGUCAAAAUUCCCAAGAAUGCCUUCAUCAGCAAAUUCAGAAUGACUAUAGAGGAGAAGACGUAUGAUGGAGUGGUGAAAAAGAAGGAAGAAGCUCAGCAGCAGUACAGUGAUGCAGUAUCUCGAGGAGAAAGUGCUGGAAUGAUCAGUUCAGUGGGUCGGACUCUGGAGGAGUUUAAAACCUCAGUGACGGUCGCGGCUCUCAGUAAAGUCACCUUUGAACUCACCUAUGAGGAGCUGCUGCAGCGACGCCACGGAAAAUACGAUCUACUGAUCAACGCUCAGCCCAUGCAGCCUGUAGCAGAUUUUAAGAUUGACGUCUACAUUCACGAGAGUCCGGGAAUUUCCUUCCUAGAGGUGAAAGGAGGACUGAACACCAAAGAUCUGACCAACGCUGUGACCACCACACGAUCUGUUAAAGAGGCGUGGGUGAACUUCUACCCCACUCGUGAUCAGCAGACCAGCUGUGACGUCUGUGGAGAAAACGGGAUGAGUGGAGAUCUGAUCAUCACGUACGACGUGGAGAGACCGAAGCCCAGUGGAGAACUGAGGACAUCCAACGGCUACUUCGUGCACUACUUUGCUCCUACUGAUAUCCAGCGAAUCCCGAAGAACGUGGUGUUUGUGGUCGACCGAAGCGGCUCCAUGCACGGCCGGAAAAUCCAACAGACUCGUCAGGCUCUGCUGAAGAUUUUAGGAGAUCUUUCUGCAGAAGAUCACUUCGGUCUGAUCAGCUUUGAUAGUCAAGUGGACGUCUGGAAGGAUGGACUCGUUCAGGCCUCAGAGAGCAACCUGGAGACGGCGAAGGAGUUCGUGAGAAAUAUUGUGGAUCGAGGAGCCACAGACAUUAAUGAUGCAGUGAUGAAGGGGGUUAGGAUGAUCAACAGACACCCGCAAGAAGGAUCCACCUCCAUCCUGAUCCUGCUGACUGACGGAGACCCCACUUCAGGUGAAACUAAUUUAAAGAGGAUUCAGGCCAAUGUGAAAGAGGCCAUCGGGGGCAAGUUUCCUCUGUACUGUCUGGGGUUUGGAUUUGAUGUUAAUUUUGAUUUUCUGGAGAAGAUGGCUCUGGAGAACAGUGGACUCGCUCGCAGGAUCUAUGCAGAUUCUGAUGCAGAUCUACAGCUACAGGGUUUCUAUGAGGAGGUGGCAGUUCCUCUGUUGAGGAACGUCCAGCUGAACUACACUGGAGCAGCAAAUCUCACUCAGACCAGUUUCAGCCACUACUACAACGGCUCGGAGAUCGUGGUGGCUGGUCAGAUCACAGACAACAGCCUGGACACUUUCCAAACGGAGGUCAUCGCCAUCUCAAAAAGUGAUAAAGUAGCUUUCCAGGACUCCGUAUCAAUCAAAGACUUCAUUGGUAUUUUGCCCCAACAUGAGGACUUCAUCCAGCGGCUGUGGGCCUACCUCACUGUGAAGCAGCUACUGGAGAAAGAAUUGACUCUUAAAGCAGAGGAGAAAGAAAAAAACAAGAAAGAAGCUCUAGAUCUCUCUCUUAAGUACAAGUUUGUGACUCCGCUGACGUCUAUGGUGGUCACCAAACCCCAGGAAUCAGAAACACAGGUCGCCCACAAACCUAAAGAGGGGAAGCAGCCAGACAUUUAUACUGAGAGUCUGAGAGAUAUGUCUAUGCUCAGACCUGCAAACCGCCCGAGGAAGCUCAGGCUCCAUGGCCGAGUGGGAGGAAGUAGGACUGCACUUAAACUUUCAAGAUUACCAGAGCAAACACCAGAAUUAUUCACCGUCAGACGUCCAGCACAUCCAGACCCAUCUGGAGCUUUUCUAUCUACUCAGUCUUUGAUGGAUCCAUUGGACCUAGCAGUGACUGAUGGGUUAAGCGUUCUCAAUGUGAAGCUCCUGCAAGUCAUUAGUGCACCUACUCUUCCUCCUCCUCCUCCUCCAACUCCUGCAGAGAGCAGCGUCAGGUUCCUGAUCUCCUCCUCUGAUCAGACCUCACCGCUCUGCUAUGACCUUAAUGUUCCAGAAAAACUGAACCUCCUGAAAGAUCCUGCUUCAGGUUUCUCGAUGCAGGGUCAGGACACGCCAAAAGUCUUCCAGAAAAUUGAUUUUAUUUUCAAAAAUGAAAACGUUAAGCUGGUCCUGAGCCCCACUGAGAUCACCUUCACCAAAGAGCAGCGGAGCGAGACGUUUACCUGGGGGCAGGAGUUCAUCAGGGUGGAGGCCGACAGUAUUACUUUAAUUCUGAGAAAAAAGGAACUGGACGUGAGCGUGGGAAGCCUGCGCGUUGUUUUCCUCCGUCACGAGGAAAACGGAGAAGCGUUCCUGUGGCCUGCUGUUCGCCAACAACCCAAGGAUGUCAGUCUGCAAGGGAUUCUGGGAAAAAACACUGUUCAGUAUGAGGAUUUACCAGAAUCCCGGAUUAAAAUCAAGAAUCAGGAGGUGAAAGCAACCUGGAGCUAUGCCACAGACUACCGCUUCCCUGCAGCUCCGUAUGUGGGGUGCUGGCUUGUACCGUAUCAGUUCGCCCUGCAGGGGGAGCUCUCUGACCUCGCAGGUGUGUAGGAUUCUUACCUGCAUCUCUGGAAUGUAGAGAGAGAAAAGCGCACCUGUUAGAACAAUGACCAAGCGUCAGGUGAUUCUUACGCCUGCUGUACCUGAUUACAAAUAAAAUUAUUAUAAAAAUUAA